AUGGAUAUCUCGAAAUUCACAUACACCAAAGUUUCUUGGCUGAUAGAAGAAGGGUUUAUCAAGGAUGUCAACAAGGAGCUUCCAUUUGAAGGUAAACCAACGUUCCUUCAUAUAGCGGUUGCAAAUUCCGAUGACAAAUUGGUCGACUAUCUGCUGCGAAAACAAGCGGAUAAAAAUUUCAACAACUUGGUGUGGGGAACUCCUCUUCAUGUUGCUGUGAAAAAUGGAAACCUGCAGAUAAUCCAAACUUUAAUAAACUCCGGAGUUGACGUGAACCUGCAAUCGCUAUCACACCCUUUUCUGACACCCCUUCAAAUGGCUGUUCUGAUUCAAAAAAACAUCGAAAUCGCAGAAUUGCUUUUAAAAAGUGGUGCUGAUGUUAAUUUUGAGGCGGAUAUUGACAGUUUGCCUACGCAUCGCAAAACACUGUUAAAUUUUGCAAUGGACGAAGGAAAUGAACAAAUGGUCCAACUUCUUCUAAAAUAUAAUGCUGAUCCCAAUAGAGAUGUUUCCGGAGAUAUAUCGUCACUACACAUUGCUACUGGUAAAGGUAAUUUGAAAAUGAUGAAGAUUCUUCUUGCAUAUGGUGCAAAUGUUAACUUGGUACCGGUUCAUGGAUACAUAAAUCAAAGUCCGUUGCAUUUUGCUGUCCUUCAUGAACACUCGAAAGCCGUGAAGAUUGUGCAGUAUCUACUUGAUGCCGGUGUAGAUAUAAAUUUAAAAAAUGAAUUGGGUGAAACGGCGUUAGACAUAGCACAGCAGUUUCCAGGAAUGGUCAAAUUCUUGAUAAGAAGACACAUAAUCAAACUUAGUGCGGCAAAUUUUUAUGUUAGCAAAGAAAAUUUAGCAGCAGUGGCUAAUAAUCGUUUUGCUAGUUCGCGUAAUUCUUGUGUGGAAGAGCUGGAAAAAAUGAAAAAAAUAAAAAUUGGUGCCAGUUAUAUUAGAUUUUAUGAUGUUUUGGUUAAAAAUGAACAUGAAUUGGCGGUUGGUUUGAGAUACACAAUUGAAAAAUCCGUACGCGCAUUUCGCUAA